AUGCAAUCAGUCAAUUCACAACUUGAAGAACAAGUCAACUUGCCAAAAAUUGAGUAUGGCAUUGGAGUUUCUCGAUCAGAAUGUCUCGUAGGUAAUGUUGGUACUUCAGCAGUGAGAUUUGCAGCAUUAAUUGGUGCAUGCUCGAGUAAUGCAUUGAGAUUGGCUGCAUUGUGUGCCUAUUUUGGAACCUCAAUUUUAACAGAUGAAUCCUUGGCAUUGCCAUUACAAACAGGAUUCAUCACAAGAGCUGUGCAUUUCAUGCAGAAGAAAUCAAUAUUUGAUAGUGAGAAAUUGAGUUUGGAUGAUGGAGGCGAUGAUCGUCAAGUGAUUUAUCAAUUACUUGCUGAGAAUCGUGUAAAUGAUGACGAAUGGCUCUAUGAAUUGGAACAACAGGAAAAUAACAACAAAUAUAGAGAAUUCGAUCAGGCAUUUGGGUUGUUGAGAGGAGAUGUAAAUAUUGAACUGCUAGGUGAGAUUUGUGAAGUGUUUGGAACCUAUUCCACAAAGAAUCCUCAAGAUAAGGUUGUUUCCUUACUGUAUACUCAAUUGUCUGAUUAUUUAAAGCUAGAUACGAAAGAAGUGGAAAGUGCUGUGAGGUCGUUUAGCUUGGAAAAGACUGAUAUUCCACUCCAUACAGAUCCAUCAUUUAUUCUGUAA